UUAAUAUUAUUCAAAAUCUUUUUUGGUUUUCGAAGCCUAACAAUACAGGAAUCAGCUCGUGACUUUUUCACUAGUUAGUACUACCAGAUUGGUAUAAAUAAUGCGGCCAAUCCUUCUUUUUUGUUCCUUGAUCAAAUUUUGAUCUUUUUUUCUAUUGGGGUUUCCCUUCGUAAAAGUUUUAACUAAAAUCUUCCUUCUUCUCGAGAUUCCAAUGCCAAUCUUCGGCAAUGAUCGAGUGGAUCUUGUUUGGUUAAAUGGAAGUGAGGUCAAAGGGGAGAAAAGUGACGGAAAGUGAAGGAAAAUAAUGAAGUUCUACAUAUCAACAACAGGGAUAAAGAGGGUUACAAUAUCGAACUCGACUGGAGGUGGAGGAGGAGGCAAGGGAGCGACGGUGGCACUUACGGGGGCUGCGGCGGCGCGUGGACGGCUAUCGAGCCGGACAGUGUUGCCGGUGGUGUUGGUUUUGGGGAUCGUUUUGCCUUUCCUUUUCGUUAGAAUUGCCUUCUUGGUUCUUGAAUCUGCUUCUUCUUCGUCUUGUUCUUCCCCUAUCGAUUGUAUAGGUUGGAGGCUUUUCAGUGGGGGUGACACAUCUCAGAAACUCAGAGAAGAACUGACAAGGGCACUAAUGGAGUUGAAAGAUGGCAACGGUGUUGAAGGGGGAAUAGAGGGUUCACUGGACUCAUUCGACCAGCUUGUGGAGGAGAUGACUUCAAAACAACAAGACAUCAAGGCCUUUGCUUUCAAGACAAAGGCAAUGCUAUUAGGUAUGGAGCAGAAGGUCCAGUCAGCCAAGAAGCGUGAGUUAAUGUACUGGUAUUUAGCUUCACGUGGUGUCCCGAAGAGCCUGCAUUGCCUUUGCCUGAAACUGGCAGAAGAGUAUGCUGUAAAUGCAAUAGCCCGCUCUCGUUUACCUUCACCUGAACAUGUUUCUCGUCUCGCUGACACAUCCUUUUACCACGUUGUGCUUCUGACCGAUAAUGUCCUGGCUGCCUCUGUUGUUAUCUCUUCUACAGUUGAAAAUGCAGCAAAUCCUGAAAAAUUGGUGUUUCACAUAGUAACAGACAAGAAAACUUACACCCCGAUGCAUGCAUGGUUUGCAAUAAACUCUGUCGAAUCAGCAGCAGUGGAAGUCAAGGGAUUACAUCAAUAUGAUUGGUCUCAGGAGGUGAAUGUCGGAGUUAAGCAGAUGUUGGAAAUUCAUCGCUUGAUUUGGAGUCAUUACUACAACAAUCUGGAAGAAGAAGACUUUGAAUAUGAAGGAGAGCAUAAAAGUUGUUUGGAGGCUUUAAGCCCUAGCUGCCUCUCCCUUAUGAAUCAUCUUCGCAUUUAUAUCCCUGAACUGUUUCCAGAUCUCAACAAGAUAGUAUUCUUGGAUGAUGAUGUUGUUGUACAACAUGACAUAUCAUCUCUGUGGACAUUGGAUCUCAGUGGGAAAGUUGUUGGUGCAGUUGUUGACUCAUGGUGUGGAGACAACUGUUGUCCAGGAAGGAAAUACAAGGACUACUUGAAUUUCUCACAACCAAUAAUUUCAUCCAACCUUGAUCAAGAUCGUUGUGCAUGGCUUUCUGGAAUGAAUAUCUUCGAUCUUGAAGCAUGGAGGAGGACCAACAUCACAACAUCUUAUCAUAAAUGGUUGAAACUUAGUCUCAAUUCUGGGUUGACGCUAUGGCAACCGGGUGUGCUUCCACCAGCCUUACUUGCUUUUGAGGGUCAUGUGCAUCCUAUUGAUCCUUUAUGGCAUGUGGCUGGGUUAGGCUAUCGAUCCCCGUCUGCUCACGGAGAGAUAUUGGAGGCUGCUGCUGUUUUGCAUUUCACUGGCCCUGCAAAGCCAUGGCUUGAGAUUGGGUCUCCGGAGGUACGAAGCCUUUGGAAUAGACAUGUAAAUUUCUCAAACAGCUUUAUUAGGAAAUGUAGAAUUUUGGGGUAGGAGGACGAAGUUCUCUCUCAUCCACACUCAUUCGGGAACCAAACCAGCGGUAACAGUAUGGAAGCAGAGGGAAGAAGGUUUUGGCUUCAGUCUCUGCCCAUACGGUGCAUAGUACGACAUUGGUAACUUUCAUGUCCAUAAUACAAAAUAGAGGAAGGUACUUCUUUAUAUACGAUGUUGUAAGGUCGUCAACCUUAAGGAUAUAUAAUUGAUUAUAUCAAUGUAGCUUUUCAACAACAUUGUAAAUCACUUUAGUCAGUUAACUGAAAUUACUUUAUCUCAUUAGUGAAACACACUUAUUGUGUUCUUA